GCUUUUACGUGUUGUUUAUUGAUAUCCAUGGUGGUAUUUCUUCCAUUUUCUAGGUGUGACGUAUGGUGGAAUGACACGUGCCAAAAGGGGAGACCUGGCGGGGCUGGCGUGAAAGCAAAUGUGCAGUACAACGGCUACCACCUCUGCUCGUACUACUUCACUGAAUGCGCUUACGCCGACCUGGCCAGAACGCGGCAGUUGUUGACGGCUGUUCCCGCUAUUGCAGUGGAAGUGGUGUCCCUGAUCGAUGAAGGACCCUCCCGGGCACAAGUCACGGCUGAUUCGGCUCAAGACCACCCGGGCCAAAACAGGCUCGCCGCAGUGUCAGAAGGCGACCCCACCACAGCCGGCUCCGUCUCCCAUGAAUCGCCGUCCCAUCUCUGUAUCACGCGAUCAUUUUUACUUACUAUACGUGAUACGCAGCUAUACGCUACUGUGGCAUGUACUGAAUGUCUCCGUUUUCGAUACGUUGCUAAUAAAAUAAAGGACAACAACAUCAUAGCAUCAAUAAACUACCGAAGGCGCACUGCUUUCGUGGACGUUUACAUUUGGCGCAGCCGAGUAAAGAACAAGAUGUGGGUGACGUUCAACGUGGUACAGCGAGACGGCCAGCCUAUCGUGACGGGCUACAAGCUCGACGCAGAAGACUUCGUGUCUGCACCAGAGGAGGCAACAACUCCGGCUCUACUGCGGACUAUCGCUCCCAAGGCCAAUGUGGCACUGGGCGACAUCAUCGCUAAAGGUACCACGACUAUUAACAUGGAUCUCGAGGAGCUAAUCACCUGA